AGGCAUGGCUGCAUCGGCGAGCGAGGCGUUCGACGCCAUCGGGAAGGCGAUGCAGGCCGACGCCACGCUCGCCUCAAAGGUCGGCGGAGUGCUCCAGUUCGAGCUCGGCUCUGUAUCGUGGACGGUAAGCUGCACCGGCGAGGGCAGCGUCGCGGAGGGCAGGGCGUCUGCGCCGGACGCCACUAUUACCAUGAGCGAGCCGGACUUUCUCAAGCUCUACGCUGGCACGCUCAACGGCACCACGGCGUACAUGAGCGGCAAGAUGAAGAUCAAGGGCAACAUCGGGCUGGCCCAGAAGCUAGCCGGGCUCACGGCAGCAGCCAGAAAGCGCGGCGCUGCCGCCGCCGCCACGCCGUCCGGCGGUGGCGCGCCUGCAGCCGCUGCCGCCGCCGCCACGCCGUCCGGCGGUGGCGCGCCUGCAGCCGCUGGCGCCGGCGCGGCGGCAGGCGCAGCGGGGCGCGCGGGCGACGCGAUCGUGGGCACCCCGCCCGGCUUCGAGAGCGACGCAGUCUUCGCUCGCAUGGCGGCCAACCUGCGGACGCAGCCCCGGCUGCCCGCCAAGGUGGAGGGGAGCUUCGGCUUCACGGUGACGGGCGGGCCCGGCGGCGCGGUCGCCGAGUGGUGGGUGGUGGCCAGGAGCGACGCCGCGCCGCGCGUUGCCGUCGGCAAGCCCGCGACCAAGCCGGAUUGCCUCGUCACCAUUUCGGACGCGCACCUCGUCGCGCUGGCGGCGGGGAAGCUGAAUGGGAGCGCACUGCCAGAGCAUGCCAAAUCGCCGCCCCGAGCGCCGCCAGCCGCGACGCCCCGCCCCCCGGAGGCUACCAGCCGGACAGCAUUGACGCUCGCGUGGCCAACGAACUCCGUCUCCUUUCUCGCAGGAUGAGCGCCUACUUGAGCGGCAAGAUGAAGCUGAAGGGCGACAUGCGCCUCGCGCAGAAGCUCGCCGCGUUGAUCGGGGCGGGUCCGAGAUCGAAGCUGUGAGGUGUCAUCU